AUGGAUCCAGCCCGCUCCCGGACGCGGCAGUCCCGGAGAACGGGGCGGAAAGCGCCACCGGGCCCGCUCCGCCGCCGCGCGGUGCACUCUGGCCCGCGUGUGAGGAGGCUGUUGCGCUCGCUCAGCCCCACCGCUGGACGCCGGGCCCUGGGCCCUGUCUGGAGGCGUUCGCGGGGUGAGCCGCGGAACAGGAAGAACGGGCCUGCGGCAGAGACCCCUGACAAUGCCCGCUCCGUGCCGGGCCCGCGGGCGCAGCCGUCCCCGCAGGCACAGCCGCCCCCGCAGGUGCACUGUGCGGAUACCAACCUUGGAGAGCUGAGGACUCAGAACCGCGCCCUGCUGCUGCAGCCGGACGGGCUCGUGGCACCCUCUGACCACACUGCUCUCCAUUCAGGUAUCUCCAGGGACAACUGGCACAAGCGUCGCAAGACUGGGGGCAAGAGGAAGCCCUACCAUAAGAAGAGGAAGUAUGAGUUGGGGCGACCUCCCGCCAACACUAAGAUUGGCCCACGCCGGAUUCACACUGUCAGGGUUCGUGGGGGCAAUAAGAAGUACCGAGCCCUUCGGUUGGAUGUCGGCAACUUCUCCUGGGGUUCAGAAUGCUGCACUCGCAAGACCAGAAUUAUUGAUGUUGUGUACAACGCUUCCAACAACGAGCUGGUGCGGACAAAGACCCUGGUGAAGAACUGCAUCGUGCUCAUUGACAGCACCCCAUACCGGCAGUGGUAUGAGGCCCACUAUGCCCUGCCCCUCGGACGCAAGAAGGGCGCCAAACUGACUCCUGAAGAGGAGGAAAUACUGAACAAGAAGCGUUCAAAGAAGAUCCAGAAAAAAUAUGAUGAGCGAAAGAAGAAUGCCAAGAUAGCAAGUAUUCUUGAGGAGCAGUUCCAGCAAGGAAAGCUACUUGCCUGCAUUGCCUCCAGACCUGGACAGUGUGGCCGAGCUGAUGGCUACGUGUUGGAAGGCAAGGAAUUAGAGUUCUACUUGAGGAAGAUCAAGGCCAGAAAAGGCAAAUGAAUAAAAAUUACUGUGCUAAGAGAACGAAUAAAACCAAGAGUCUACUAUGGUAA